GCUUCUCCUCUUGUGCCUGCUCACUGCUCAAGUUGUAAUUAGUACCAAGUUCAAGCGAACUGCUCAGUCCCAGCUUUGUCCGGUACUUCUAUCAUCUGUACAAAAAGUUCUGAAGCCAACUUAUACCCACUACUUGUAUAUAGGAUUGUUUGAAGUUAUGUCUGAUCACCCAAUCGAGAGCGUUGCCGUAAGCGUUCCAUCACAACCAGGCUCCAGUUCGGCCGAUGCGGACCGGCAACGCUCACAUAUUUGGACCACUCCAAUUAAGAAAUCAUGGUCAUCAGUUACAACUUCAGUUAAGAAAGCAUGCUUAGCAGUUCUACGUUCACUUCUUGAAAUAUGGGGUCCAUUGCCAGUUCAUGUUUCAUUUGCAAUUUACCAAAUUAUUAUAUACCCAAUUAGCCUACUUAUCUGUGGGCCACAAUGCAAUUUUAGCUGCAUGAGUUCCUAUAUGGAAGUACAAGUGACAUUAGUUCCCCAUAUGAUUCUAUGUUUGACCAUGACAUUUCUUCUGCCCAUCAGUUUACUGCGGAAAUUGAAAUUAACGAAGGGGAAAACGUGGGAAAGGAUACUACUAGUAAUAUCAUGUAUUGCAUUGGCAGUGGAUCCUUUGUUCUUUUAUAUUCCAUUCAUCGAUGAGAAAAGUAAGUGUAUUGGAAUGGACAAAAAGUUGAGGGCUAUAGUUCUUGCAUUGCGAUCACUUACAGAUCUCGCUUUCGCACUCAAUAUUGAUGCUCAGAAUCGUGAUCCGAUCGACAAACUUAAUAUUGAAUAUUGCGUGAAAGGCUGUAUGAGGCGUUUAGAGUGGUUAUCUCAAGAUAUGAUCGAACUCCUUGUUAUUCUUCCCAUUCCACAGGUCAUAAUAGUAACUAUAUUUUUCAGAAUGAAUGGGUCUGGAUAUCCAUAUAAAACAGCAAUUAGCAACGUCUUUCUUAUUUUGCAAUUUAUUGCAAGGGGUUGCCAAAUCUACCACUUCCAGAAGCCAUUUAAAAGGGUUGGGAAAUGGGCCAAAAUUGCAUUCUAUUUCCUCAUCUACGUCUUGGUUGGUCAUAUUUUCGGAGCAUUUUGGUACUUGUUGUCAAUUCAACGAGAGAUAUCAUGUUGGCAUCAAACAUGUAGAAAUACUACGGGUUGUCUAGCCAUUAAUUAUUGCAAGGACACUAAUUAUUCGACAAGUAUCACACUUCUAGAUGAGUUUUGUCCUGUAAAUCCAUCAAAUGCAACGCUGUUUGAUUUUGGAGUAUAUCUUGAUGCUCUUCAAUCAGGUAAUACGGGAUCCAAAAGUUUUUCAACAAAGUACUUCUAUACUUUUUGGUGGGGCAUCAGAAAUCUAAGUAAUUUUGGGACGAGUUUGGAAACAAGUAACUACCUGUGGGAAAACUGUUUUACUAUUCUUAUUUCUCUUGUUGGGUUGCUACUCUUUCUCUAUCUCAUGGGAAAUGUGCAGACACAUAUUUUGUGGGAAUCUACCAUAGCAUUGGAGAAUGAGCAGAACAAAAUUAAUUCCAAAUAUAAAGCUCUAGAAAUGUGGAUGGUAAGAAAUGGUAUCCCUGAAGAAGUGAAAACAGGAGCAGUGAAAAUCAUAACAGAAAAGAAAAUAGUGGAAAAAAACUACGAUGAUGACGUGGACUUGGUUUUUGUUUUCAAUGCUCUUACUGGGGAUGAGCCUGACAAAGUGAAAAUCAGGAUUGGUUUGAAGCAGUAUUUGUUCCAAAAUGCCAUACCGAAAGUAUUCAUGCUUAAAUAUAUCCUUCCCCAACUGGAAAGCGAGCAGAACAAGAUUUUCCUCAACCGCGCUCUCAAGCCAGUAGUCUUCGAGGAGAAUAACUGCGUGGUUAAAGAAGGAAAGUCAAAUCAUAGAAUGCUCAUCAUCACAGAAGGCGUAGUUGUCUGUACAGACAACACCGGAGCUAAUGUUGCUCGUUUUGGGAAAGGUGAAGUUUAUGUAGAAGAGCUUCUGGAUAGCUACCCUAAUAUUCCUAAAGAUGCCAAGUCACUCAAGUGCGAAACAAAAGUAGAAGCCUUCGGUAUCUCGUGCACGUGGUAUCACCAGCUUAGGAACGAGUACCUUUCACGGGGAAGGACGUAUAGAGGAUCGAAUCUAAACGAGGCAUACCAGAAGUUGAUAACCUCAAGAUCAGUGAAGUUAGAGGAACAUCAGAAGAAGAUAAUUGAGUGGCUGUCAAGAAACACUAUCCCGGACGGUCUGCAGACAUUGGUCAUGGAACACAUAAAGGCUAAUAAUGUACUGGAAAAGAACUGGGAUGCUGAGGUGGAUGUGAAGUAUCUGUUCUCUAUUGGUCUUUCCUGGGAUAUCGAAUAUCGUAUAAAGAAGCAGAUCUGCAUCAAUUCUCUGCGUAAGGUUCCUGUACUUGAAGGCGUUGAUGAAGACGUGUUGAGUCGCAUCUGUAUGUCUCUCGAGCCGCUGGUACUCCCGCAGCAUAGCUGCAUCUUUUAUCCACUUAGCGCAAUUGAUCGGAUGCUCAUCGUUGUAGAAGGUGAAAUUACAGUGACUGAGACGACUUACAAUAGACAAAGUACAAAAACAGAGAGAGGCAAUGUUGAAAGAAUGAUAAAGAAAAGCGAUGUCAUUGGGGAAGAGCUUCUGACCUGGGCAUUCCCCAUCGUCUCUGAGUCGUCCGAAUCUUAUCCUGCUAUCUUGGAGAAAUAUGUAGAAUGUCCUACAAAAGUAGAAGCCUUUGCUCUCACAAUAGAAGGGUUGGAAAGUGUGGUCGCCUACUAUAGACAUGGAAUCAACAAGUUUGAGCAGUUGGAGAAGGGCAGAGAUGGUGUGGCCGAUACUAAAGGUGCAUCCAGAUCCACUACUACUAUUGACCAGAGACUUGACCGGCUUAUCCAGCUCCAGAGUGACAUGGCUCAACAGCAUCGUGAUGAAAUGGCUAAUCAGGGACGGAAAUUGGAUGAGAUCUUAUCCAGAUUGGGAUAUCCUGCAGGCACAUCUCCUCCUCCUGCAGCUUGAACAAUUAAAUUCUCUUGUUGCUUCUGUAGUACUAGAAAGAGUACCCGCGCUAUGUUGCGGGACUCAAUUUCAAUCUUAUUCCAACCUUUUCCUGAUGCUAAGGAAAGGGCUUCAGAAAUUGCUUGCAUUUCCACAUGAAUAACAGAUUUUGCCACUAUUAUUGAUAAUCAAAACCAUGACAUGUUUUC